UUUACCGGAAGUUUAAGCGCAUCUUCGAGAACACGCAAGAAAAAAACAUGGAGCUGUUUGUAAUUUCGCCAGAUUUUAAGUUUAAUAAUCUCACCGUCGCUCCAGGCUCGACUGUCAGCGACCUUAUCGAUCAUUUCACCGUUACAAAUGGUGUCUCUUUGACGGAUUUCUACGUGAGCAGUAAUGGCCGUUUGUCUGGCAGUAAUGACCUGCUUCAGUCUGGAGUUGUGUAUCGUCUGGAGCCCCGGCUGUGUGGAGGAAAAGGAGGAUUCGGCUCCAUGUUGAGAGCCCUCGGUGCACAAAUUGAAAAGACCACAAAUCGUGAGGCCUGCCGAGAUCUGAGUGGAAGAAGACUUCGAGACGUCAAUCAUGAGAAAGAAAUGGCGGAUUGGUUGAAAAAGCAGGCAGAUCGAGAGGCAGAAAAGGAGCAGCGUCGCCUGGAGCGGAUUCAGAGGAAACUGGCUGAGCCCAAACAUUAUUUCACAGACACCAAUUAUGAGCAGCAGUGCCACGACCUCUCAGAGAGACUGGAGGACUCUGUGCUGAAAGGCAUGCAGGCUUCCUCUAGCAGUCUCGUUCAGGCGGACGAGGGCCCCAGCCUCAAGCGCACAAAACCAACAGACAGUAAAAAGAAAGCCAAGAAGAAAUGUUUCUGGACUGGCAUGGCAGGACUAGAGGAAAUGGGCAGCUCUAGUGAAGGAAGUGAUGAUAGCGACAGUGAGGUCUCUCCGUCCACCUCUGGAGCUUCCUGUAGUUCUAAUUUUCCCAAACCAGAUGUUUCAGCUCAUAAAGCAGACCCCCAGGAGCAGCCCUCUUCCUCAAGUCCUGCACAGAGAAAACACAACCAGGAGGAGCUGCAGAAAGGGGAAAAGGAGGAGUGUACAAGUGUCAGCAGCUCCAGUCCUGCUGCAAACAGAAAACUCAACCAGGAGGAGACCACUGAAAUCAGCAGCUCCUCCUCCAGUCCUGCUCUAAACCCUACAGAAGUCAACCAGCAGGAUGAGAUGGAGAUGGAGUGUACAGCUCAAAUCAGCAGCUCGUCUUUAAGUCCUGCAGAACACAGCAAGGAGGAAGUGCAGCAGACAGAUGAGGAGGUGCAGAAGACGGCUGAGGAGGUACAGAAGACUGAAAAGGAGUCUACAGCUGAAAUCAGCCCAAGCUGCAGCAUCCCUGAGGAGAAAUCACAGGUUGAGGGUCCGCUGGAUCUGCUCUCUGUGAGUGGGCCGGAGCAGUUGGAGGCUUUGGGUCUGGAGAGGCUGAAGAAGGAGCUGAUGGAGAGAGGGAUGAAGUGUGGAGGAACACUGCAGGAACGAGCUGCGCGUCUGUUUUCUGUUAAAGGCCUGACUCCUGAUCAGAUUGAUCCUUCGCUCUUGGCCAAAUCCAGCAAGGGCAAGAAGAAGUAACUGUCCAAAUCCACUGCUGUGGCGAAACAUUGUUUGAGGAAUUUAUUCGUCAUCAAUUCAGAGAUUUCAAAAAUGUAUCGCCAUUUGAUUUUGUGGUUAGUUUUUACCAGCAGAUGGCGCUGUGUGCUUUACAAACACCACUUGAAGCUAAAAUAAUUAUUAAUUGAAUUCGGGAGGGUUUACGUGAAUUUCAAGAGUGUUAAUAGUUGGCUGUGUUUACUUUAAUCUUGUGACAAGAGCCAACUUACAUGACUUGCAUUACAUGCUGAACACUCAAGCACUCGAGUUUUUGAUUGUAUAGAUAAACUAGCCCAGAGCGUCAUCUGCUGAAUUAAAAACUAUCAUGGGAUGCCAUCUGUUGAUAAAACUAGACUAGAUCAAUCUGCUGAUUAAAAACUAGACUAGAGCGCUAUCUGCUGAUUUAAAAACUAGCCUAGAGUGCCAUCUGCUGUUAAAAACUAGCCCAGAGCGCCGUCUGCUGAAUAAAAAGUAGCCCAGAGCGCCAUCUGCUGUUAAAAACUAGACUAGAGCGCCAUCUGCUGAUUAAAAACUAGCCUAGAGCACCAUCUGCUGUUAAAAACUAGCCUAGAGCGCCAUCUGUUGUUAAAAACUAGACUAGAGCACCAUCUGCUGAUUAAAAACUAGCCUAGAGCGCCAUCUGCUGAUUAUAAACUAGCCUAGAGCGCCGUCUGCUGAUUAAAAACUAGCCUAGAGUGCCAUCUGCUGAUUAUAAACUAGCCUAGAGCGCCAUCUGCUGAUUAAAAACUAGCAUAGAGUGCCAUCUGCUGAUUACAAACUAGCCUAGAGCACCAUCUGCUGAUUAAAAACUAGCCCAGAGCGCCAUCUGCUGUUAAAAACUAGCCUAGAGCGCCAUCUGCUGAUUAAAAACUAGCCUAGACCGCCAUCUGCUGUUAAAAACUAGACUAGAGCGCCAUCUGUUGUUAAAAACUAGACUAGAGCACCAUCUGCUGUUAAAAACUAGCCUAGAGCGCCAUCUGUUGUUAAAAACUAGACUAGAGCACCAUCUGCUGAUUAAAAACUAGCCUAGAGCAGCAUCUGCUGUUAAAUAUCAAGCUCAGAGUCAGCUCAAGAGAGAAUAGGAAUGCAUUUUGAAAAUCACAGAAUUGAAUUCUCAAACCCUUUUUUUUCUGCCACAGCUCAGUUUGUCAUCGCUGAUUUGCAUAUCUUGUGUUUGGCAUGUCCGUAGUUAUUUUUAAGAUGGCUUUUUCUAAAACUCAAACACCUCAUUUUGAAAAAUCUCUAACUUUGGAAAAAGAUGGCCCCAAGAUUUAGUCAGAUACAGAUGAAUCGGAUGUCAGUUUUACUUUGAUCCACAACACAGGGCAUUUUAUCACCACCUUUUCUUCUUUUGUCUUUACAGUAAAAUGUGUACAUUUAUAAAUGCAGAGCUCAGGCUAACUUUAUUUGGUGAUGUGUACCUUAAAUUCUGCCUGUCGUCAUUGUAAAGAGCUAUUUUGAUUCAUGCACAUGUCAUUCAACUUGUUUCUAAUCAAGCCAACAAGUUGUUCACAUUGCACAGUAUUUGACUGUAUUAUAUGAUCCUACUUUAUAGUGGAAUAAAACAGUAACACAG